GGCGGUUUCCUUGAGGUGGUUGCCUCGGUGUCCCCGCGUUGUUUGCCCGCUGCCGCGUCCACGGCCCGGGGUUUUGUCUGUCUGGGAGCGUCCGGAGGGGUGGACUCCGAUUACGUCCAUGUUGGGACGCUGCCACACGCCCAGGUUUCCCCCCGCCCCGGCAGGCCUGCGCCCGUGCCUUGGGUCCCGGUUCUCUCCCGGCCCCCUCUCCCUCCAGAGCCCGGUCAGCCUCUCCGGCCGCGCCGCUGCCUCCCCGGGGAGGCGGGGGCUUUGACCGCCGUGGUUUGGGAGGCGUUAGGCGUUUCGGUUUUUGUUUUUGUUGUUUUCUCCCUCACCAGGAGCCACCGAUGCCGGGACGUGUGACCCCCCUCAAGAAGCCUCGGAGUGCCACAGCUUUGCCCCUGGCCCUAAACCCCAUGAAGAGCCACGACGUGCUGGCCGUGUUGGCCGAGAGGAGCGAGGUCGUGGCGCCGGUGGGGGCGUGGGUGGAGCCGGCCUCCCCGCAGUGCAAGGAGAUCCCGGCGCACACUUCUGCAUAUAUAAUUGAAGAAGAACUAAAGGAACAACAAAGAAGAAAACAAGAAGCUUUGAAACAUUUUCAGAGACAAGUCAAAUACCGAGUAAAUCAACAAGUCAGGCUUAGAAAAAAGCAACAGCUUCAGAAGUCUUAUGAAGCAGUAGAAAAAGAAGGCUCUAUAGCCAUGCAGUCUUCAGAUCGAACUCUUAAAAGGACAAGUGUUUUUCCAAGUACUUUGAAUGCUGCUAUUGGAAGUUCUGUGUUACCUCCUUCCCAGAUGCUUGGGGAUACAGUAGAUAAUGGAGAGAAUCACAGUGAAUUAUUCCAGCAAGCCCAGGCUCUUAGUCAAACCAUGAAACAGGCACGACACCAGCUGGCAUCCUUUAAAACGACAACACCUUCUAAGAAGCCAGAAAACAUCAAGAUAAAUACAGAAACAAGAAGAGAGUUCCCCCUAAACAAUCAUCAAGAUCUUCUAACUACUGUACAUUACCAAAACUUUAUGGAUAAUCAGGAAUCUGACCAUGAGGACAUUUCUUCUGAUAUGACAGAUGAGAAACAGAGAGCUUUGAUUUGUGGAAACCAGCAAGAUCUCCUUUCUGAAGAUAAAGAGAAGUCUUUCAGCAGAGCUCAGGGCCUUCAGGAUAUUCUGACAGAAGCUCAAGAUUGUCUUCCAGAAGCUCAAGGUGAUCUCUCAGAAACUCGGAAUUAUUCAGCAGAAAUUCAAAGUGUAAAGCUCAAAUCUCCAAGCAUCGAGCCAGAUUCUCAGGCCACUGGGCCAGAAGGAAAGGUUAUGAAAACAGAAACUGUGAGUACUGAGCUAGAAGAUGGGAAUAUUGAGAUGGUUGUCCAAGAUUUGCUCUCCAGUUGUCAUCACCAGCACUCUAUACCCAAAGACCACUGUGUUCUCCAUGAAGACCAGAAUAUUUUACCUAAAUAUCAGGACCAGAAUUUUCUACCUAGAAAUUGUCAUAUCCUCCCCAAAAGUCAAAUAGACCAAACAGACCAGGAUUUUCUACUCAAAGACCAGUGUGUUCUUCCCAAAAGCCAGAGUAUUCCAUCUAAAUAUCAGAACCAGGAUUUUCUCUCUACAGACCAGAAUAUUCUACCCAAAUGUGAAGUCCAAGAUUUUCUCCUCAAAGAUCAGAAUAUUCUACACCAAUAUCAGGAGCAUGAUUUUCAAUCUAAAAAUCAGAAAGUACGCUUUCAGGAGCCAUUCUCUGAUAGGACAGAUGAAAAAGGGAGAGAAGUCCCUUCUGUGGAUCAUCAGUAUCUGCCAUCUAAAUUCAGGUUCCAGGACUUCAUAGGAGACCAGAACAUAUUUCUCCAACAACCCUCAUCUUUUAUGAGAGACAAAAGAGAGGGGGAAGACUUGCUUCCGGAGUAUCAUCAGUAUGUUCCACCUAAAAUCCAGGACCAAGUCUCCUCUAGAGAAGAGAGCCCAUACUUUAGGCACAAGCUGUCUGUUGGGACAGCUGAAAGACGUCAGGAUUUCCCUCUGGAGGGUCAUCAGCAUCUUCCAUAUAGGCAUCAGAGAAAUACCUGCAGAAGACGACAGGUUUCUGAUGAAGAUCAGUCAGGAUUGAGCACUGAAUUCCAAGUUCCACUGGCAUUUCAGUCUGGAGUAGAUCAAGAAGAAGACAAGAAAGAGCGCCAAAAGCAGUAUCUGAGAUACAGAAGACUGUUCAUGGAUAUUGAGAGAGAGCAAGUGAAGGAACAAAAAAGAGAAAGAGAACAAAAGAAAAAAAUUGAAAAAAUUAAGAAAAGGAAAGAGCAACAACGUUAUGCUGAAGAGCAGAGGAUCCUGAGAAUGAAAUGUCAUAAAGAACCACACUCUGCGGAGAUGAGUGAUCUUUUAGCUCAGUUACAACUUGAAGAAAUAAAAGGAGCCAGAGAAAAACAGCAACAGAAAGAAAAAGAAUACAUCAGAUAUGUGGAAGCUUUACGAGCCCAGGUCAAGGAGAAAAUGAAGCUGUACAAUAUCACUUUACCUCCGUUAUGCUGUUGUGGUCCUGAUUUUUGGGAUGCUCAUCCUGAUACCUGUGCCAACAAUUGUAUUUUCUAUAAAAAUCACAGAGCAUAUAAUCGGGCAUUAUAUUCAGUCAUCAAUUCUGCAGAUAUCUCUGAGGGGAACUCAACUCUUCGAAGUGCCAUUCGUAAUUUUGCUUCUGCAAACAGAUGGACUUUGAAAAGAAUCUCUAAUAAGAAUCUGAAGUCAGCUGAAACAUCAAGUAGUAUUUCAGCCUCCUCCUAAAUUCAUCUCUGAGAAAUUACCGAGAAAAACUGUAAAGUGUAUAAGGUGUUGUAUCUGGAAAGAAAUACUGUUGUACAUAGUAAUUAUCUUUAUAAUUAGAUAUCUGCUUUGGGACCAAGACUGAAAAUUGACUCACACUUGUCUCUUUUUUGAUCAGACAGGUAAGGUUUCUCUUAUCUUGCUCUGAUCAGAGGACCUUAUGAGAAAUCUUUCUAAAACUGUCUUGAGCUUUGACAAUGUUGAAAAUGUCUGGCUAAAGCAAAAAAAAAAAAAUGAUGAAAUGGGUUUCUGAGCUGUUGGCUUUCCCAAUUUUAUGUAACAGUUUGAAUUUGGUAUAUAUUUCCUUCUCAAAACUUUCUCUCCUUUUUUUUAUUUUUUAAUUUAUUGACUCUUUCCCCUUUCAGUGAAGUGAACCUCAGGGUCUUUUUUUAAUAUAUUUUUUAAUUGUAAAAAGUCAAAUAAAUCCUCUAUCUUUUGCAUA